AUGGCAUUCUCAUACCCCAAUAAACUCUCCCUUAUUUUCUUAAGUCUCCUUGUCGUACUAGAUUUUCAACUAAAUGUUGCUUUUGAUUCCACUCAAGAAGCACAAGCUCUUCUUAAAUGGAAAGCCAGCCUUCAAAACCAGACCCAUUUUGUCCUCUCUUCAUGGUCUCUUUAUCCUGUUAAUGCUACCAAUAAUUCUACUCAACACAGAACCAAAAUAAACCAUUGUACUAAUUGGGUUGGAGUUUCUUGUGACCAUGCUGGAAGCAUCCAUAGAUUGAACCUGUCUACUAUAGGUUUAAAAGGUACGCUCAAUGAAUUGUCAUUCUCAUCAAUUCCUCAUCUUACAUAUCUUGAUCUUUCCAUUACUGAACUCUUUGGAGUUAUCCCUACACAAAUUCGUAAUCUCUCCAAACUGAAGUAUCUUGACUUGUUAACUAAUCAGUUUUCUGGGAAAAUACCAACUGAAAUCGGUCUCCUUACAUAUCUUGAGACACUCCACCUGGUUGAGAAUCAGUUGGAUAGUUCAAUUCCAAAAGAAAUAAGCCAACUAAGUUCUCUUAGUGAACUGGCUCUGUAUAGUAACCGCUUGGACGGCUCAAUUCCUGCUUCUUUGGGAAAUUUGAGCAACUUGGCUUUGUUGUAUCUUUUUAAUAAUUCACUUUUUGGUUCCAUUCCUUCAGAGAUGCAAAACCUCUUGAAUCUGGUCGAACUUUACAUUGAUACCAAUAGCUUAACUGGUUCAAUCCCGUCAAGUCUUGGAAACCUUAGAAACCUAGAAGUCUUGCACAUGUUCCACAACCAGCUUUUUGGUUCCAUUCCUCAAGAAUUAGGAAAUUUGGAGUCUCUCACUAAUAUUAGUCUUCAUAGCAACAAUCUUUCAGGUUCAAUUCCACCGUCUCUCGGAGGCUUGAGAAAUCUCCUCAAUCUUCAUUCAUACAAUAAUCAACUUUCUGGCUAUAUUCCCCCUGAAAUAGGGAACCUGAGAAACCUUGUUGAUUUAGAGUUAAGCCAAAAUCUACUCAGUGGUUCUAUUCCCGAUUCCUUUAAAAAUCUGAGCAACUUAAAGAUCUUAUUCCUUUGUGAAAACAAUCUUUCUGGUACCAUUCCCCAGGAAAUUGGAAAUUUCAUGAGUUUUACUAUAUUAGAAAUAGACCAUAACGGCUUCACCGGUUCUUUACCCCAUAAUGGAAAGUGUCCAAAAUUAGGCACCCUAAAGAUAGCAGAGAAUAAUCUUACUGGCAGUAUACCAAUUGAACUUGGGAACUUAACUCUACUGGACGUUCUUGAUCUUUCUUCAAAUCAUCUGGUUGGGGAGAUUCCAAAAGAAUUUGGAAAUUUAACUUCUCUAGAGCAUUUAAAUCUGAAUGGCAAUCAACUUAUUGGUGGUAUACCUCCGGAAAUUGGAUUACUCACUGAAAUUAAGAGUCUUGAUUUGUCUGCAAAAAGGUUGAGCACUCCAAUCCCUGUAAGUCUUGGGAACUUGUUGAAAAUGUUUUACUUGAAUUUGAGCAACAACCAGUUUAUCCAAGAAAUUCCACCUCAGUUGGGGAAGCUAAGUCUGCUGAUAGAGCUAGAUUUGAGUCAUAACUUCCUCAGUGGAAAGAUACCCUCUGAAAUCUGUGAUUUAGAGGACUCGCAGAAUCUUAAUAUCUCUCACAAUAACCUAUCUAGUUUCAUUCCAAGAGAAUUUGAGAAGAUGCACUUGUUGAGUGUUAACAUAUCUGACAAUGAGUUGCAGGGUCCAAUUCUAAACACCACAGCAUUUCGAAAUGCUACCAUUGAAGAAUUGCGAGGGAACAAAGAUUUGUGUGGUGAUGUCAGAGGGUUGCAACCUUGCAAAACUUCAUUACCUGCAACAAAACAUGGCCUGAAAAAGGGUUUGAGAAUCUUUUUUAUAAUGUUUUUCCCUCUUCUAAGAGCUCUUGCUCUUUCGGUUGUGGUGAUCUAA